AUGAGUCUGAGUUAUUCGGUGAUUGUGGCCCGUGAGAUGGUUGUUGUGGGGGCUGUUCUGGAGGCACGUGAUAAGGUUGUUGUAUUGGACGCUGCGGUUGUGGAACCACGUACGGCGGUGGUGUUAUGGACACGCGAGGCGGCUGUUGUAGAGGCAACUCAAUUGGUUGUGGUGGAGGCACGUGAAACAACUGUUGUGGGGGCCGCUCAAAUGGCCAUUGUGGGACCUCGAGUAACGGCCGUUGUGGGGGCCGCUCAAAUGGCCAUCGUGGGACCUCGAGUAACGGCCGUUGUGGGGGCCGCUCAAAUGGCCAUUGUGGAACCUCGUGUAACGGCCGUUGUGGGGGCCGCUCAAAUGGCCAUCGUGGGACCUCGAGUAACGGCUGUUGUGGGGGCCGCUCAAAUGGCCAUCGUGGGACCUCGAGUAACGGCCGUUGUGGGGGCCGCUCAAAUGGCCAUUGUGGGACCUCGAGUAACGGCCGUUGUGGGGGCCGCUCAAAUGGCCAUUGUGGGACCUCGAGUAACGGCCGUUGUGGGGGCCGCUCAAAUGGCCGUUGUGGGUACAUCUUCGUUGGCUGCCGUGGGUACACCAGAGGCGGCGGUUGUGGGUACACGUGAGAUGAGGCACUUGCUACAGAUGGCUGUGUCGGAGCCCGCACUACGCUACGUUGAUACUCCAUGGAUGUGCCUAGGAUAA